AUGUUGCUCUCACACGUGCCCGUGUUCUCCCUGCUUUUUGGGCUUGCUUUGGCAUCGUCGCGUCGACCGCAUCGCUGUGUGAUUCCAGCGGCCAAGGACAAGACGUCUGACGACUCGGGUGCAGUGAACCGCGUCUUUGCCCAAUGUGCCCAGGAUGCCAUCAUCGUCUUUGAAGAAGGCGUGGACUACAAUAUCUUCACACCAAUCAGUGCGACAAACUUGAGCAAUGUGGAAAUCCAGGUCAAGGGCAACCUUCACUUGCCUCAAAGUAUUCCGCAGGUCCAGCGCAUUGUGAAUGGAACGGAUCGCGUGCCAAACUCGGACGGUCACACGUGGUUCACAUUCGCGGGGCCGCAAAUCGACUUUGUCGGAUCGGAAAACAUCAACGCUGGAUGGAUCAUCUCCUACGGCCAGGCGUGGUGGGACGCCAACCCGGCCAAUGGCACAGGAAUUGCCUCUCGGCCGCACUUGAUGAGCUUCCAGACCACGGAUGGCUCAAUGAAAUAUUUCAAGUCGCGGAAACCGAUCGCGUGGAACGUCAAGGUGAAGGGGGACAACAUCGACAUUAGUCACGCAUUCAUCGAUGCCGAGUCGGACAAUGAUUCUUUCCCUUUCAACACGGAUGGCUUCGAUGUCUCGGCGACCAAUGUGCGAAUCACCGACAGUGUCAUCUACAACGGUGAUGAUGCCAUUGCGGUCUCGGACGGUUCUCACAAUGUCGUCUUCAAGCACAACACGAUCGGCUACCAGAGUCACGGCAUGAGUAUCGGCUCCCUGGGAUCCAAUGCCAAGUCCUUCAACAACGUCUCGGAUAUUCACUUUGAAGAUGUGACGGUGAUCAAUGCGGUCUAUGCAGCUCGGUUCAAGUCCUGGAUUGGUGGUCAAGGUCUCGUCAAGAACGUCAGCUGGAAGAAUAUCCGUGUGUACAACGUCACUUUUCCAAUCUUUGUCACGCAGAGCUACUUCAACCAAGGCUCGUCACAGACCCCUCGAGCCAACAAUGCAUCUGUCGCCAUGGAAAACUUUACUUGGGAGGACUUCACCGGAACCAUCAACACGUUCAAUCCCGGUGACGGAUCGUGCGCUUCGGACCCAUGUUGGUACAACGUCGGGCUCCCCGACUUGAAACAUACCGAGGCUGUUAUCAUUGAGUGCAAUACUGCGAGCUCUUGCACGAACUUUAAGUUGCAGAAUAUCAACCUCAUUCCGCAAAAUCUCGCCGAGCCCAGUGUGAUCUGCAUCAAUGCGACAGCCAAGCUCAACCCACAUCUGGGCUUCGAGUGCAAGAACGGCACAUUUGUCUCUUCCUGA